AUGAUCGGAGGAAUAGAUCUUCUCAAUGACCCAAGUGGCCUCUCUCUGCUGAUCGGUCUCUUCGUGUGUGUACUUGUCCUAUAUCGAAUCUACAUUGUGGUAUACAAUCUGUAUUUUCAUCCACUUGCUCAAGUACCUGGACCCAAGCUAUACGCAGCAUCAAAUAUCCCUUACGCGCUUGGACUAUGUAAAGGCACUAUUUGGUUUGAUAUCAAGCGCUUUCAUGAUAAAUACGGGCCCGUUGUCCGAUAUGCACCGAACGAUGUCUCUUUCACAACAGCUGACGCCUGGAAAGAGAUCUACGGCCACAAAAAGGCGGGUGAUCCAAACUUUCCAAAAGAUCGUCGACUAUACCGCGAGGGCAAGACAAACACUGCAAGCAUUCUUGUUGCCAACGAUACCGACCAUUCUCGUGUGCGGCGCUUGGUUUCUCAUGCUUUCUCCGAGAAAGCGCUACGUGGACAAGAAGAUAUUAUGCAAAGCUAUGUGUCUCUACUAAUCCGGCGACUGCAGUCACACGCAGCGUCUUCUAACCCUGUAGUUGACAUGAACAAAUGGUACAAUUUCACGACCUUCGACUUGAUUGGCGACUUGGCUUUUGGAGAACCCUUUGGAUGUCUUAAAAGCGAGGGCUAUCACCCGUGGGUAGCCAUGAUCUUUGGCGGAUUCAAGUUAUCAGCAUUCAAUCAAGCACGAAAACGAUUUCCCUGGCUUAUGCCUGCCACCAAAUAUUUGCUGCCCAGCAAAUUAAUCAAAGCUCAAAUGGAGCACUUCUCUCUUAGUUUUUCCAAGGCACGCCAACGAGCCAUGGGCGGCUUCAAGUAUCGCGAGGACUUCAUGUCAUAUAUCCUGCGGCACAAUGACGAAGAUGGCAGGGGAUUGACCCCCGAUGAGAUAGGAGAGAAUUCAAAUAUUCUUAUCGUUGCUGGUAGUGAGACCACAUCAUCUCUUUUGGCCGGAACUACAUACUAUCUAUUGAAGAACCCCGAGAGUCUCAAACGAUUGACAACCGAAAUCCGGUCGGCAUUCGAAAAGGAAGACGACAUUAAUCUUGUCAGCGUGGCGCAGCUCAAGUAUCUCCUCGCCUGUCUCGAUGAGGGACUACGUCUAUACCCGCCGGUACCAUCUGCUUUGGGCCGUGAUGUGCCAAAAGGUGGACACUACAUCGAAGGAUAUUUCAUUCCAGAGCAGACAACAGUUGCGGUCAUUCAUUGGCCUGCAUAUCACUCUGAGAGGAAUUUUCACCUUGCAGAUGAGUUCCGCCCUCAACGAUGGUUGGGAGAUCCAAGUUUCGAUUCAGACAGCAAAGACGUGCUGCAACCCUUUCAGUUUGGUCCUCGAAACUGCCUUGGGAAAAAGUAA